UCUAGGUUGGUAAAGAAUGAGGUGCCAUACCUCCUCUGGACUAUCAAAAGGGAUGUCAUCGACUACCACAGUCUGAGCGGAGACCAGAUGCUAAACCACUAUGGGAAGACUGCGUCCUUCACCACUAAGAUCGGCCUGUGUGUGAACAUGCGGAACUUGCCGUGGUAUGUCCAGGCCAACCCGGAUUCCUUCUUCCCACGCUGCUACGGCCUCUGCACCGAGAGCGAGAAGCAGGAGUUCUUGGACGACUUCCGGCGCACGGUAGCUUCCAGCAUUCUCAAGUGGGUGGUCAGCCACCAGAACCUCAGCAGAAGCAAGUUCAAGAGUAAAAAGGAGGAGCCCAAGACCAGUGACCCCAGCCUCAGGAAAGGUGCGGAAUCCGAUAACACUGACAACAGGUUCCGGGACCUCCCGGGCCGGCUGGUGGACGCGGCGUGCAAGGUGUGCCAGGCCUACCUGGGGCAGCUGGAGCACGAGGACAUCGACAAUUCGGAGGAGGCCACCAAGCACCUCUCAGAGGCCGAGUGGAAUGACUUGAUCCAGCAGUACUACUCCCUGGUCCACGGUAAUGCUUUCAUCUCCAAUUCGAGAAGCUACUUCUCACAGUAGGCUCUGCUGAGUAAAAUCACCUCUGUGAACCCCCAGACCGAGAUCGACGGGUUCCGGAACAUCUGGAUCAUCAAGCCAGCCGCCAAGUCCCGGGGCCGAGACAUCGUGUGCAUGGACCGCGUGGAGAACAUCCUGGAGCUGGUGGCUACAGAGCACCCAGCCACCAAGGACAAUAAGUGGGUGGUGCAGAAGUACAUCGAGACGCCGCUGCUCAUCUAUGACACCAAGUUUGACAUCAGGCAGUGGUUCCUGGUCACAGACUGGAACCCCCUGACCAUCUGGUUCUACAAGGAGAGCUACCUGCGCUUUUCCACACAGCGCUUCUCCCUGGACAACCUGGACAGUGCCAUCCACCUGUGUAACAACUCCAUCCAGCGGCGGCUGAAGAAUGACAAGGAGCGCAGCCCCCUGCUGCCUGGACACAACAUGUGGACCAGCUCACGCUUCCAGGAGUACCUGCAGAAGAGGGGCCGCGGGGCAGCCUGGGGCAGCAUCAUCUACCCGUCCAUGAAGAAGGCCAUCACCAACGCCAUGCGCGUGGCCCAGGACCACGUGGAGCCCCGGAAGAACAGCUUCGAGCUCUACGGGGCGGACUUCAUCCUCGGGCGGGACUUCAAGCCCUGGCUGAUUGAGAUCAACUCCAGCCCCACCAUGCACCCGUCCACCCCGGUCACCGCCCAGCUCUGCGCCCAGGUGCAGGAGGACACCAUCAAGGUCGUCGUGGACCGGAAGCUGGACCGAAACUGUGACAUCGGCAACUUUGAGCUUCUGUGGAGACAACCUGCGGUGGAGUUGCCCCCGUUCAGCGCCGACCUCUAUGUGGAAGGAAUCAAUGUGAGCAAGGCCAAGAAGCCCACGCCCCACCUCACCACCUUCAACUUAGACAUGCCGGACUCGGUAGGGGGACCGCCCGGCCCAGCCCCGCAGGAGGACUGGAAACGGGAGAAUUCAAGGGCUUCCUCCAGCUGGACGACACUUGUGCACCAGCCGGUGGAGAGGAGCUGUCGAGCAAGACCCGCCCACCUGCGCCCUGCCUGUAACCACCCACGUGCAGACAGUAAGGCCUCCAAAAGUGGCCUGGCCAAAGCCCGGCUCCCCAAGGCCUUGGAUCCAAGCCUCCUGAGCGUGCACCCCCUGGUGCCUGUGCUGCAGUCGGUCAAGACCAUAGGGAACGCCUUGUCUCAGCUCCCCAAGGCACCAGGACCCCUCGGUGGGGGAGGGCGGGGCGCUGAGCGGAGUCCCAGCCGCGCCAAGGACGGGGCGUCAGGGAGGCCGGCAGGCACGUUGUCCUCUGCAGGUUCUGGGGAUGCUGAUGCGUCCGUGGCACCGGGGCCUGGUGCACAGCAGGUGUUGGGCAUUCGCUGGACUUACAGAGGUUCCCGCAGCCCGGGGGACCUGGGCAGGGGACCUCGUGCCCCUGCGCACUUGUUCAUCUCUGGUGGGGGCCGGCAGUGUCAGGGCGGGGCUGUGUUGGCCGUGGGCAGGGUCCGCAUGGGGCUGUGGGGGAAACGGGUGUGGCUGGCGGUGGGCGGAGUCUGCCGGAGCAGGGGGCUGUGGGCGGGGCCUGAUCAUCAACAGGCGGGGUCAGGGGUGGUGGUGGCGGCGGUGGGCGGGGCCGGAGCGGCGCUGCCCGGGGACCUCCGAGCGCCCUGCCUGGUGUGCCGGGGCUCGGUGCCGCCGGCCGGGCCCUGCAAGCGCUGCCGCUCCUUCUGCGCCUCGGUGCUGCAGGGCGUCUCCUUCGUGCCUCUGGGCAGCGCGCAGCCCGGCAGUCCGUGGAGCCCGUGA